AUGCCUGGUCAAAACUAUGCUGCUGACAGCGAACAAAAUCGUUAUGACGCUUGGAGGCCAAGGCUCUUGCAGUCCCGAGAAGGUCCACAAACUCCGCGAACUGCAGACCACCCUCUCCCAGAAACUCGCUUCACUUCGCACUGCCUGAAGAAGUUGGAAGACCUUCGCCGGAACAAGGGCUGGCAGAAUCAAGUGACAAGCAUUCUACAGAGAAGUCAAAGUCUGCUCCACAACAUCAGCGCCCAUACAUCUCAAGAUACUGAGCGGACUCCACGCCAAGAACCCUGUACAGAAGAACAACGCAUCCGCUUAACGGGAGGAAGGACUGAACACGAAGGGCGGUUGGAGCUGCUGACCAACGGUCAGUGGCGCAGCGUGUGUGAAGAUGGCUGGACCCACCAGGACGCUAAACUGGUCUGCACCAUCCUCGGCAACCCAGGUGAUGCCGUGGCAGCAGUCGGGCGUGACGUGUUUGGUGUCGGCACAGACAGUGACGCAUGCGCAGCCAACCCCGCUGGCCUCAUCUGCAGCGGCUUUGAGUCGUAUCCUGUCCGCCUGGUCAAUGGCUCUCAUGCUAACGAGGGUCGGGUGGAGAUUCAGAUCAACGGGGAGUGGGGCUCGGUCUGCCACAGCAACUGGGAUGUCAACGAUGCCAGCGUUGUCUGCAGAAUGAUGGGAUACACUGGGAGACCUGUGCCGGUGGGCCAGGCUAUGUUUGGUGAGGGGUCAGAUCAAGUGUGGGCACGUGAUCUCCAGUGCAUCGGCACCGAGAAGCACCUGCUGCAUUGCCCUGCAUUAUACCCGGCGGGCUAUCGCUCCAAGUGCACUCACAACAUGGAUGCUGGAGUAAUCUGUCCUAACUUUCACUACUACCCCAUUCGUCUACAGAACGGCUCUACGUUUGCUGAGGGCCGUGUGGAGAUUCACAUGUUCCACCAGUGGGCCACCAUCAACAGCUUGAACUGGGACGACAAAGACGCCGCAGUAAUCUGCAGAAUGCUGGGACACAGCAGCGCAGGAGCACAGGCAGUAAGGAACGCCCACUUUGGGGAGGGAACGGACGGUGCCCCUCUGCUGAGUGACCUGAGCUGUACCGGGGAGGAGGAGCACAUCUUGCAAUGUCCAUCCAGCAGAGUCAUCGGCGUCACGGGAUACCCUCAUUCUCAAGACGCUGGCGUCAUCUGUCGUCAAUAGCAAGGUAACAUCAUCAAAACAUAGAGUACCAAUAAGCUCGACAUGAAAAUAAAAUGGAAGAACCACUCAUGAAAAUACAUCUCUACAUAUGCAAUGUCUAGCGAUCUAGCAACUUUUCUGAAAUUGAAUAAUAAAAAAUAAUUCCGAAGCACCAAAAAUAGCAAGUCUAA